AAUCCUCAUUCUUAUUUCUGAAAAUAGUAUAGUAACUGUCAUCUCCUAAAAACUCGCUUGACUCGCGGGUCACACGAGUCACCCCACCCCUCAACUCAACUCUUUUCUCUCUCCUCGAAGUCAGCAAUGGAGGUUACGACGGCGGAGAUGGUGGACGAGCUUCGACGGACGUUUGUGAGUGGAAAGACGCGGAGUUAUGAGUGGAGAGUAAGUCAGUUGAAAAGCAUAGUCAAAAUGAUCGAAGAAUGUGAGACUCAGAUCGUUGAAGCUCUUCGCUCUGAUCUUAAUAAACCUCCAUUUGAAUCCAUCUUAUAUGAGAUUUCUAUGUUAAAGUCCUCAUGUAGAGUGGCUCUUAAGGAGUUAAAGCAAUGGAUGAAGCCAGAGAAGGUUAAAACACCAAUAGUUGCAUUUCCUUCAUCAGCAGAAAUAGUAGCAGAACCAUUAGGCGUUGUGCUGGUUAUCUCUGCAUGGAAUUAUCCAAUUCUUUUAUCUCUUGAUCCUGUUGUUGGCGCCAUAGCAGCUGGUAAUGCUGUCGUCCUAAAGCCAUCUGAAAUUGCUCCUGCUACAUCUUCGUUGCUGGCAAAGUAUGUGGGUCAAUAUUUAGACACCUCUGCAGUCAGAGUUGUAGAGGGGGCCAUUCCUGAAACGUCUGCUCUCCUCGAGCAAAAAUGGGAUAAAAUAUUUUAUACAGGCAAUUCAAAUGUGGCACGUGUAGUCAUGAGAGCUGCUGCUAACUAUCUCACCCCAGUUGUCCUGGAACUUGGAGGAAAAUCACCAGUAAUAGUGGAUUCUGAUGUCAAUCUAAAAAUUGCUGUCAGAAGAAUUAUUGUGGGCAAGUGGGGGUGCAACAAUGGGCAAGCAUGCAUCUCUCCUGAUUAUAUUAUCACUACAAGAGAAUUUGCUCCUAGAUUGAUAGAUACUUUAAAACGCGAGUUGGAGAGAUUUUAUGGUUCUGAGCCACUGCAAUCAAAAGAUUUAUCACGAAUUGUGAAUUCCAACCAUUUUGAUCGUUUGACAAGGCUUCUGGAUGAGGAUAAAGUCGCUGGUAAAAUUGUUUAUGGGGGUCAAAAAGACAAAGCUCAACUAAAAAUUGCUCCCACAUUAUUGCGGGAUGUCCCACUAGACUCUCUAAUCAUGAAGGAGGAGAUAUUUGGUCCAUUGCUUCCCAUUAUCACGGUCGAGAAGCUAGAAGAAAGCUAUGAUAUCAUAACAUCACGAACAAAGCCCCUUGCUGCAUACUUAUUCACCAACCGGAAGAACCUGAAGGAUCAAUUUGUCAGAACUGUCUCUGCAGGGGGUUUGGUCAUUAAUGACUCAGCCAUACAUCUUGCAGUUCACACUUUACCAUUUGGUGGAGUAGAGGAGAGUGGCAUGGGUGCAUACCAUGGCAAAUUUUCUUUUGAAGCCUUCAGCCACAAGAAGGCAGUUCUUUACCGAAGCUUUAUCGGCGAUGCUUCUGUUCGAUACCCGCCGUACACCCAUGGGAAAAUGAAACUAUUGAGAGCUUUAAUUGGUGGAAGUAUCUUGGGCAUAUUGCAAGCCUUGGUGGGAUGGUCUAGUUUCUCUGCCCUUAAAGAAAAGACUGCAUAGUAUUGUAAACUGCUACUUCACUGAUGUAUUUAUGUGUAUCAUUCAUUUGUGUACUUACCAAAUUCCAAUUAUUGUUGUUUAUCUAAUAAUAAUAUGGUGUUAUUAUACAA